UUACUCCCAAUUCCCAAAUUCUUCAAUCAUUUCUCAUCUCUUUCAGAGGCUUUACAACAUUAUGGAAUUGCUUCUCGUACUCAUCUCGGCUUCUUGUCUCCUGGUUGGAGCUGUAGGAAACCAUGCUGCUCUUCCUUCUGAAAUCUAUUGGAUUAACAAAUUGCCAAACACUCUUAUGCCCAUAAUGCUCCAUGAUCUCCUGCAUCCUGAUCAAGAAGGAAAGCCACUGACUGACGUUAGAGCAGCAGGACCAUCCCCAGGAAGCAGAUACACCCCAAAGCACAGAAACACCAUAGGUAGAGAUCAAGGAGGAAAGCCAUCGACUGACGUCGACAAAGCAGGAAGCAGCUUUCGAAACAACGCUGCAACUUUUUCCAAUGACGUCGACAAAGCAGCUUACCCAAUACCUACUGUACGCUACUCCUCCAAGCACAGAAACACUAUUCAAAACCAGUUCAACCUUACUCUCAGCAAAAGCACCAUUUCAAACCAAUUAAACCUCCAGAAAUACUCAAAAAACCCGCCUCUUGGAAAAAACAGAGUUGAUAAUAGACAACUCCAAUAUAAUCCAGGCGUGUCUCUCUUCUUUUUAGAAAAAGAUUUACAUCCUGGGGCCAAAAUGAACUUGCAAUUUGUUGUAAGUACUGCUAGUGGAACUACUUUCUUACCACAAAAGCUGGCUAAGGUGACCCCACUCUCCUCCGAUAAGUUGCAAGAGAUCUUGAACCAGUUUGCUAUCAACUCAAAAUCAAAGGAAGCUGAAUUAAUCGAUGAGACUAUCACCAAUUGUGAAGCACCAGCUAUGGAAAACGAAGAGAAGUUCUGCGCAACUUCACUAGAAUCACUUGUUGAAUACGGUACUUCCAAAUUCGGGAAAAAUGUUAAUGUAUUGACCACGGAAAUUUACAGUGAUAAAGGGCAGAGAACACAAAUGAGGAAACAACAGUAUGUAGUGAGCUCAGGAGUAAGACAAAUCGUUAGUGAUAACUUAGUUGUGUGCCAUAGCCUGCCUUAUCUAUAUGCAGUUUUCUAUUGUCAUGCAACUUCAGCACAUACAUCACAAGCUUAUGUGGUGCUUUUGGUUGGUGCGGAUGGAAUUAAGAUCAAAGCCACGGUCGUUUGUCACAAAGACACCUCCAAAUGGGAUCCUGACCAUGUAGCUUUCCAAGUCCUUAAGGUUAAGCCUGGUACUGUUCCAAUCUGCCACUUCCUUACUGAGGAUACUAUUGUCUGGGUUGCUAAGAACAAAGACAACUAAGGAUGACGAUGAACUGUAAGGUAUUAUGUACCCGUUCAAUAAAAUCUUUUAACCGCUGAAAAAUGGUUAUUGGUGAAGAACUAGUGAAAUUGCAGGAACUAUUGUUAGCUUACAAAGAGAUGCUAUACUGAAUAUAGAACUUGUCUGACAGGCAGACUAAGGUUCC